CUCCGUGCUCCCGCCCUACCAUCAACUUCCAAGGAGGAACCACUAGUUGGGUCGCGUGUGCUACUGCGGUACUGCAACCCCGGCUGCUAUGUGACUCCAUUAGGGGAACUUGGUUUGAAUUAGCGGUUCGGUUAUACCAAGGAUAGGGUUCUGGUGCACCGUAGGUAAUUGGAAGUAAAACGAGAGGUGCAGAUAGGGUGUGAGGGGCUUCGACAGUGGCGCGUGGCAGCAGGGGGGAUUUCUCUCUUUCCUAUCAGAUCUGCCUAUAACGGGGGCUGACGUAGAAUAUGGCGGAACAUCACUCCGUUUCCGAUAGCAGGCAUAAAGCUUCUGCCGCGAAUAUUGGAGCUUCGUUCUCCGGGAAUGGACGGACCAGUCCAGCGGGGAUCGUCGGUAGCAGUCCUGCGGGGGCUCUCUCCACCGCGAUAGUUCAGCCGGCAGGGUGGCAGUCCUUACUGUCGUUCACCAUCCUGUUUCUGGCCUGGAUUGCUGGUUUCAGUGCCAGGCUCUUCGCUGUCAUCCGCUUUGAGAGCAUCAUUCACGAGUUUGACCCUUGGUUCAACUACAGAUCUACACACCAUCUGACCAUCAAUGGCUUCUACGACUUCCUCAACUGGUUCGAUGACAGGGCGUGGUACCCACUGGGCAGGAUAGUGGGGGGCACGGUUUACCCAGGUCUGAUGGUAACGGCUGGUCUCAUCCACUAUGUUCUAAACCUGCUCCACAUCACAGUGCACAUCCGAGACGUGUGUGUGUUCCUGGCGCCCGUCUUCAGCGGCCUCACGUCCAUUGCCACCUUUCUGCUGACCCGCGAGCUCUGGAACCAGGGGGCAGGGCUUCUGGCGGCGUGCUUCAUCGCUAUUGUCCCCGGUUACAUCUCCCGUUCCGUGGCGGGCUCCUUCGACAAUGAGGGCAUCGCCAUCUUUGCCCUCCAGAUUACCUACUAUCUAUGGGUGAAGUCAGUGAAGACUGGUUCAGUGUUCUGGGCCAUCGGCUGCUGCCUCUCAUACUUCUAUAUGGUGUCUGCAUGGGGAGGUUACGUCUUCAUCAUCAACCUGAUUCCUCUCCAUGUGUUUGUCCUGCUGCUAAUGCAGCGCUACAGCAGACGAGUCUACAUCGCUUACAGUACGUUCUACAUCGUUGGUCUGGUGCUCUCCAUGCAGAUCCCCUUUGUGGGGUUCCAGCCAAUCAGGACCAGCGAACACAUGGCUGCAGCAGGUGUGUUUGCGUUGCUCCAGGCCUAUGCCUUCCUCCAGUACCUGAAAGACAGACUGACCAGACAGGAGUUCCAGACCCUGUUCUUCCUGAGCGUCUCUCUGGCUGCUGGGGCAGUCUUCCUCACUGUUAUAUACCUGACUUAUACAGGACACAUCGCUCCUUGGAGUGGUCGAUUCUACUCACUGUGGGAUACAGGGUAUGCUAAGAUCCACAUCCCCAUCAUAGCUUCCGUCUCAGAGCACCAGCCCACCACCUGGGUCUCCUUCUUCUUUGACCUCCACAUCCUGGUCUGUACCUUUCCUGCUGGACUCUGGUUCUGCAUCAAGAACAUCAACGACGAGAGAGUCUUCGUGGCCCUGUAUGCCAUCAGUGCUGUCUACUUUGCUGGAGUGAUGGUCCGUCUAAUGCUGACACUGACCCCCGUAGUGUGUAUGCUGUCAGCCAUAGCCUUCUCCAGCGUGUUUGAACACUACCUAGGGGACGACAUGAAGAGGGAGAGCCCUCCCAUAGAGGAUAGUAGUGAUGAGGACGACAAGAGGAACUCUGGAAACCUCUAUGAUAAGGCAGGGAAGGUUCGUAAGCAUGUCUCAGAGCAGGAGAAAGCAGAGGAAGGUCUGGGACCCAACAUUAAGAGUAUCGUCACCAUGUUGAUGUUGAUGCUGCUCAUGAUGUUCGCUGUCCACUGCACCUGGGUUACAAGUAACGCCUAUUCCAGCCCUAGUGUUGUACUGGCCUCUUAUAACAACGAUGGGUCGAGGAAUAUUCUGGAUGAUUUCCGCGAGGCCUACUAUUGGCUAAGGCAGAACACAGAGGAGCAGGCCAGAGUGAUGUCAUGGUGGGACUAUGGCUACCAGAUAGCGGGGAUGGCCAAUCGGACCACGCUAGUGGACAACAACACUUGGAACAACAGUCAUAUAGCACUGGUGGGCAAGGCCAUGUCGUCCAAUGAGAGUGCAGCGUAUGAGAUCAUGAGGUCUUUGGAUGUGGACUAUGUGCUUAUUAUCUUCGGAGGUGUGAUUGGCUACUCUGGUGAUGACAUCAACAAGUUCCUGUGGAUGGUGCGGAUCGCAGAGGGAGAGCAUCCCAAAGACAUCAGGGAGAGUGACUACUUCACCCCCCAGGGAGAGUUUAGGGUGGACAAAGAGGGGUCUCCCAUCCUGCUCAACUGCCUCAUGUAUAAGAUGUCAUACUACCGCUUUGGAGAGAUGCAGUUGGACUUCCGGACGCCGCCGGGUUUCGACCGGACGCGUAACGCUGAGAUCGGUAACAAGGACAUCAAGCUGAAACACCUGGAGGAGGCGUUCACCUCAGAGCACUGGCUGGUCCGGAUCUACAAGGUCAAGAAGGAGGAGAACAGGGACCCCCUGGAGCACAGUCCCCGUAGUAGCAGCAGCAGCAGCAGCAGGCAGAAGUACACCUCUAAAAAGACGGCAAAGAGGAAGCGUGGUCACGUGAAGAACAAACUUGCCCUCAAGAAAGGCAAGAAACUGAACAACAAGAAAUCAGUUUAACCAGAGAGAGAGAGAGAGAGAGAGAGAGAGAGAGAGAGACAGAGAGAGA